UCAACCGGAAAAGCUACACCGGUGAGAUUUCAUAGGAUUUUUUUUAUAAUAUUACUGAACUUUCGCCAUCUAUUAUCACUGACAUUUUGUAGAAAUAGUUUUACUUUUAACACCGACCCACAGCCUGUUUUGAAGUGUUUCGAUCGCUCUUUGAAAUGGAUAAGACAGGUCAUUCUCAGCGGUUCAUUCAGAGCAAGGCUGAAUAACUAAGUUAAUCCUUAACAUAACAGUUUUGACAUAUGGCCACAAAUUGAGUUUAUCUUAGUUAUUUGUCAUAUACGCCUGUAAUUAUUACUUAAUUCGCACAGUAGCAGCAGACAUCAUGGGAGAUCAGAGGAGUCCUGAUGAGAAGCAUCAGCUCAUCACCAGAAACCUUCAGGAGGUUCUUGGUGAAGAGAGAUUAAAGGAGAUCCUAAAAGAGAGGGAACUGAAGGUCUACUGGGGGACAGCAACCACAGGCAAACCCCAUGUAGCCUACUUUGUCCCCAUGUCAAAGAUCGCUGACUUCCUAAAAGCAGGCUGCGAGGUGACCAUCCUCUUUGCUGAUCUCCAUGCCUAUCUGGACAACAUGAAGGCCCCCUGGGAGCUGCUGGAGCUCAGGGUGCAGUAUUAUGAGCAGGUCAUUAAGGCCAUGUUGGAGAGCAUUGGGGUUCCCCUUGACAAACUCCGAUUCGUUAAAGGCACAGACUAUCAGCUCAGCAGAGAGUACACUCUGGAUGUUUACCGGCUCUCAUCCAUGGUCACUGAACACGAUGCCAAGAAAGCAGGUGCUGAGGUGGUCAAACAGGUGGAGCAUCCUCUUCUGAGUGGCCUGCUGUAUCCUGGACUACAGGCACUGGACGAGGAGUACUUAAAAGUAGAUGCUCAGUUCGGGGGUGUGGACCAAAGGAAGAUCUUCACAUUAGCAGAGAAGUAUCUGCCCUCUCUCGGGUAUACCAAACGUAUCCACAUGAUGAACCCAAUGGUGCCUGGACUGACGGGGGGCAAGAUGAGCUCCUCUGAGGAGGAAUCCAAGAUUGACUUGCUGGAUAAGAACCAAGAGGUGAAGAAGAAGUUAAAGAAAGCCUUCUGUGAGCCUGGAAAUGUGGAGAAUAAUGGAGUUCUGUCCUUUGUUAAACAUGUGCUAUUCCCUUUGCACUCAGAGUUUAUUAUCAAAAGGGAUCCAAAGUGGGGAGGCGACAAAGUCUACAAAAACUAUGAGGAAGUGGAGAGGGACUUUGCUGCAGAACAAAUCCAUCCUGGUGACCUGAAGGCUUCAGUAGAGGUUGCUCUUAACAAAUUGUUGGACCCCAUCAGGAAGAAGUUUGAGACCCCAGAGUUGAAGAAGCUGGCAGCAUCAGCUUACCCAGAACCCUCUAAAAACAAAGGAGGAGCGAAGGGCAACCCUAAACAAACCGCAGAUGAGGAGGACGUCAUCCCAUCCAGAUUGGACCUCAGAGUGGGCAAAGUCAUCAGUGUAGAAAAGCAUCCAGAUGCAGACUCGCUAUAUUUAGAGAGGAUUGAUGUGGGCGAGGAACAGCCACGGACUGUAGUGAGUGGACUGGUGGCCUACCUCUCUCAGGAGCAGCUUCAGGACCGUCUUGUUGUGUUACUAUGCAACCUAAAGCCCCAAAAGAUGAGGGGGAUUGAAUCCCAAGCCAUGCUGCUCUGUGCUUCAAUUGAGGAAGAGCCCAGGAAAGUGGAGCCUUUGGAUCCACCAGAAGGAUCAGCACCAGGAGACCGUGUUUAUGUUGAAGGAUAUGAAUCAGGCAAACCAGAUGAUGAAUUGAAACCAAAGAAAAAGGUGUUUGAGAAGUUGCAGGUGGAUCUGAAGAUCUCAGACGAGUGUGUUGCACAAUGGAAAGAUCAAAAUCUGAUGACCAAACUUGGACAGAUCACCUGUAAAACACUGAAGGGUGGAAAUAUUUGCUAGAUGUCUACACAAUUGUUCUUGAAAUCUUCAAAGCUAGAGUUUCCAUGACAGCCAGGUAUCCCUGUGACAUGCACAGUGUCAGGUAUUGCUCAUCAUUGCCAUCCAAAACUGUUAACUGACUAAUGGAGAAGCAAAUGGCUUAUAAUGACAUUAUUUAAAUUCAACUGUCCCAUUCAGCCAUAUCAACCUGUGAAUAAUCUAAAAGCACAUGAUUACUGCUGCAGAAUACAUAUGGGUAUUGUCUGUGCUUUACAUUGCAUGUAUUGCCGUCCAGGAUGUUUUACACAAAGUACUGCAGUAAAUAAUGCAAUGCUCAUUUGUUUGACUGACAAAUGAAGACUUUUGCAGGAGCUCAUCUGUUAUCCUAAAACUCAGGUCCUCCUGUAGUGCUAUGUUUGGAAAUGGGUAAUUGGUUACAAUGGUCAGUGAAUGAAACGAUUUAACCAUGGUUUAGAGAUAUUAUACACAAUAAACUGUUACGGAUACAUAUUUUAUGAUUAGUUAGAGUACUUCACAGGAAAAAAACAAACAAACAUGAAAUUUCAUGUAAUAUAACAUUCAGAACUCAUCUGAUGUUAACCAAAUUCACUGAAAUUAGCAAUGAUUUAUCCCUAUUUCUAAUAUGUCAUUAUGGAUAUAAUUAUGGAAAUGUCUCUGAAAGUACAUUUACAGCUUGAUCUGCUGAAAAGAAAUAUUGAAAUAUAUGAAACUGACAAUAAAAGUUUGGGAGCCUAUUUUCAAACUUCACAAUAUGAACAAUUAAAUGUAAUGCUUGAUAGAAGAUCAUGUAAAUUACAAUUCACGUAUGUAUUGUGUUGUACAAUAUGAAAAAAAGCGGUGUGGUAGCUUUACCAGAUAACAGGAAAAGGAUUUCCAUCCAUCAGAAAAAAAAAUAUAAUGUGGUUUGGGGGCUUAUAUAUGAUAUGUUUGUAUGGCUGUCAGUGAUGUUGAAAAGCACCAGGAAUUUAAAAAUAGUAAAAAGAAAAGUAAAUCUAUAAAUAUAUUUAAUGCAUAUUUAUUUAUUUUUAAACAGUGUAGUAAUUCUCUUUACUCCCACCUUGAAGUAAAUCGAUUUUAAAGAAUUUGUGUAUGCAUACUUUUACAUCAAUUUUAGAAGAAACAGCAGUAAUACUUUUUCCUAUUUGCUGGUUUAAAAAUAAAUGCAGCAUUUAGCUUACAAAGUGCUUUUUUAUCUAAAGAAAGGUAAAUAUGUAAAUGUUUUGUGUGUAUAUGUUUCAGCUAUGGUCAGCAUACUGCAACAUUCAUAAAGUUACAGAUGGUUCUGUACAUGUAUACAUAUUUUCUGAAAGCAAAUUCUGAAAGUUGACUGCAGUAGCACUAAAACUUUCAAAACUGUUAGUAGAAUCAACUUCUUUCAUUAAAAGCUAGUAAUCAGUCUAUGUGCUUGGACAUAUGUGGAUAUGUCAAUAAAAUUAUAACAGGUUUUUACGCCAAGCAGUGAUUACUACCACUAGUGACCACUAGAUGUCAGUUCAAUCUUGCAGUCGUUACCUUUUAUAAGUCAACAAUAACGUAAAAGUGACUUUUCCCAGAGCAGACAAACUUGUGUAGAAAAAUACUUGAAAGCUGUAAUAAAGCUAUUGUAUAAAACAGA